AUGGAACCUCUAAAUUCAUCUCAAAAUAACCUAAUUGAUAUAUCUGAGAAACCGUCAAGACCAGUUUUACCGCGUAUUAAUACAGGUGAUCGUAUUAAUGCGGAAGAUCGUAUUACUCCUAAAAUCAUUGAACCAUCGAAUAAUAAUUAUAAAGACAAUUAUAAUGAUCCUGCAAUAGUAAACCGAAAGCAAAGUCAAGACAUAAACUUUCUUACUUCACAAUUAGAAGAAUUCUUUGUUAAUUCACCAACUGAUUCAUCAAUUGAUAUUCCAGUACGCGACUUAAGAUUUGAUGAAACUGACACGGUUCUAGUAGCACUUGUUGAUCGUGAUACAGAGAUGAGAGAAUUAUUUAAAAAGAAUAAAGAUUACUUUGAAAUGGUUAAGCAUAGUAUCUUUUCUUCUGAAGAAAAUGAUGAAUGGCAAGAAUUUCUCUCAAUUCUUUAUUCUCCACGUGAUCUUAUUCCAGACUUGGAAUGGAUGAAUAAGAUUUCAGUAAAUGAUGAAAUGACUGAUUUAGUGGAUAUAACAGUUAUAAGAGAUCGACCUAAUAUAUUAGAAAAUAUUUUAAAUUCAUAUCCACAAUUUUUUAUAAAUGCGCAACAAGCUUUAAGUCAAGUAAAUAAACGACCAGGAAAAAUCAAUAGAUCAGGAGAAGAAAAAACUCUUUAUGAUGAAUUUAAAAAGAUAUUAACUUGUCCAAGAAGUGAGAUGAGUGAUGAUGAAUGGGAAAUUGCUAUUUACGAGUGUUUAGAUCCCUGGCCUCAACUUGUCGCACAAUUUGAAGAAAUUGUUGCAUACGAAAUUAGAAAUGAUUAA